CAGAAAGAACAGACAAAAUGCAGGCAGGGCACAGGACAAAGCACUAGGGACAAAAUGUAUAAAAAAAUGAAAAUUUUUAAAAUUUUAAAAAUUUCCCGCCGGCGCCCGUACGUCCCGACGGCACAGGGACCGAAACACAGAAGCUGGAUGCCGGCAUCGGCCGGAGGAGAUGGCCGGGGACGCUGCAGGGGGUACAUCGCUGGAGCGAAGGACAAGGUAAGCUCUGCAGGGACUCCCUAUGCAGCGCCGCAUGGUAAGCCCGAGCUACACUCGGGAAUACCG